UGUGGCAGCGAGGCCAUGGCGGAGGUGCCGGAGGAGGUGCGGAUGUUCCUCAGGCAGCACCCGCUGCUCGGCGUGGCCGAGCCGGGCAAGGUGAGGUGCAGGCUGACCGGCCACGAGCUGCCGUGCCGGCUGGCGGAGCUGCAGGCAUACACCGCCGGCAAGAGGUACCAGCGGCUGGCCAGGAGCGCCCAGGAGUUCGCCUAUGAGAAGUUUGAGCCCCACAUAGUGCCCAGCACGAAGAACCUACAUCAGCUGUUCUGCAAGCUCACCCUCAGACACAUCAACAAGUUUCCAGAGCAUGUGCUCCGUCACGUCCAAGGGAAACGCUACCAGAAGGCCCUGAAAGCAUAUGAGGAGUGCCAGAAGAAAGGGGUGGAAUAUGUCCCUGCCUGCUUGCGACAGAAGCAGCAACGGAGGCAGCACCCUGACGACCAAAUGAAUGGGAGCAGGCAGCCUCAGAGAGAGGAAGAAUUCUGGGAGCCAAAGUCUCCCAGGACAGAUGAGGACGGAGAGGAGACGGAUGACAGUAUGAGUGAUCUGUACCCACCUGAACUCUUCCCUGAAAAAAGCCCAGCAGCUCCACAAAACACAGAGGCCAGCGAUGAGUUUGCAAUAGACAGCGAAGAAGAUGAGGCCAAGCUGAAUGGGGAGAACGGUGUUGUGAAGGGUGAGGAUGGUGGAAGAACAGACGUGAACAGAGCAGCUGGCAAGAGGGGAAAGAAACAGUCAGGCCCUCCAAGGAAAAAAUUCAAGCGGUGUCAUCAGAAACCCAAGAACUUCAGGAAAGCAACCAAUGGCAAAUAAACUUUAAUGAUAAAAAAACAUGGCUUGAAGCCUCUUGUGUAACAAUUCCAGAGCAGAAGAGUGAAGUGCUUGCCCUUAAACCUUGCUGCCCAUUCCAGUUAACUGAUACAGCAGGGGGAAACAGUGGGGUGGAAUCAAGUUAUAUUCUAAAAGUCUCCAGCCAUCCCCUGCUACCAAACACCAAGAAUUAUUACUAACAUACAAGAAGCCCAGUGCUUGGAUCUCUUUACGAGAAGACAACUUCCAUUAGGUGGGAAAAAAGCAUGCAAGGCCACUAACCAGCAUUUUCAGAUAGCUUAAGUGUCACCAGUCAUACACUCUAAGUGGAUACAAAGAUGCCAUUGUUUUUAUUUUGAUUGUUUCAAAAAAAUCAAAACAUUUUCAAACACAACUAAGGUACAAAAUACAGCAUAAAAUGAGAAUUUAUACUUUUUUUUUCCACAUAGAAAGCAAAAAUAUAUUCAGAAUUAAUUCCAGAACACUUUACAGAGCCAAUUGAUAGCUGACAUCCUGUUUCUCAGCUACUGGGGGAGGUCACUGUAUUUCUGGGAGAUGCACAAAUACAGCAGUGUAUGCAAGAAACCAGAAUCUUCUGCAUCAGGACUCAAAGUCCAGGUAUUGCGCUGCUUAGAAAUACCUUAUAAUGCCCUCCACCUAACUGUGCCCCUUUAGUACUAAAAUAUUUCUGCUGCAAGGGGCAGUAUCAAUUCCCUUCUCUGGGGUCUUUUGUUGGAAAGUUAACUCUUUAUUUUCACAGAACAGAGGAAACUGGUUAAUAGUUCAGAUAGUCUGUCAUCCAGCUCCUUAGUUAGACAGGACACAAAGAACAAGCUGAGGAAGCUAACUAAGGGCUACGUACAGAAAUUGUUUCUACCAUUCAAUUUAUAAAUACUAUGAACAUCAACAGCAGUUAAGAUAUCUGAGAAUGGCUGCCUUGAUGUCUAAGACAGUUACAGGACCUGCAGUGAAGUUGAGCAAGAACAUCCUGUGCUGAACAUCAGGAAUUGAAAGGAACAGUUUGGUUUGCUAUGAAGAGACAGGCACAAUUAACACUUGAGGCAAAAACCUCUCCUGCAAAAUCUGUUUAGAAGAAAGCCUUCAAAGUGACCAGAACGUAAAUGCUGGCUUCCUCUCACCUACCCCGCAUACUGAUCAGUUUUCUUCAGCAGCAGCGCAUCUAUUACAUGGGCUACUUUUCCCUUGAAGUUGAAAUCACUAGUUUAACAUGAAGCAGUGCUCUUCUAUUUGCUAUCAGUUCUUGGCCUAGUUUUCUCACCUAAAAAGCAACCAUUUAACAGAACUGUCCAGGCUAGUGUCCUUGCCAAGAAAAUCUGGUAAAUAGUUCCUGCUGGAAAAGUUCAGCUGAAUUACUUUCUGAACAAAUAGCUGAGCAGCCUUCUCAAGGGAGACAACAGUGCAAGAAAUCCAUGUAAUGUUAGCAAGUUGGUAGGGCUCAUGCUUGCUAGGAGUCUAGAAUGCUCUCAUGAUCUUGUGAAACAGGUUCACCUACUUCACCAGCAGAGGACAAAAUGCCUCCUCUGAGCAGCACUAACUAAAUGUGUUCAUGGCACAGAGGCUGUGGCACUGAGAGGUGAAAACAGGACCUUCCUCUCUCCUCGCUAUUAAGCUGAGGAGUUCCUUCCUCUGAAUAUGCAAGUUACAUCCCUGGCUGCUUGUUCACUGCACAGGCUUAGCGCUUGCAUUCUUCAGCUAUAACUGUUUUGUAAUACAGCAUUGAGAACUGGGACUGUACGCAGCACACAGCUGCCUUCCACACUCCUUCCCUGCACAUCUCAAGUGUGGGCCAAGAUGUCAGAGAGAGAGGUUUUACUCACUUCAACAUCCCAGCUCUUCCACUGUUCAGUCAACUUGGGCUUUUGCAGCUGAGACUGACAGAAGUGAAUCUAGGAAGCAAAGACUAUAGUUUAGAAGAUUGACUGCUCUCAUUCUGCAUGUACUGAGUACAGGGAAAAGGGGAAUUUCCAUGAUUCUAGAGACACUUUCACCAGUAACCUGCAAUUCAGAUAUGAGUUUGGAGCAUGUAUGGAUGGAAGCUGGUUUAAUAGCAGAAAGGAGCUUUUAUUAUGGAACCUGCAGCAUAGCUUAGCUCCUUUUCUUGGAAAUUCAGGAAGGGGCAACUCUGGGGAAAGAAUGCUGAAUUAAGAAGUUCUUUUGGCACAGAAUUUUAUCAGAAUCUAGCUCUCUUUGGGAAUACCUUGCCCCUUCCUUCUUGAAAUAGCAUAAGCAAUACAGAAUUUCACCUCAUUCCCCUCAAGAACAGAACCGUUACAAGUUAGAAAACCCUCUCCCUUUUCUUACCUAGGAGAGGAUAUAGCUACUUUCAGUGUUUUCUUUUUGCCAUCUAUUUGGGUGCAGGAAAGACCUCCCCCCCCCCUUUUUUUUU